AUGUUAAAAGGCAGUGUCUACACUACGGCCACACCAGGGACAAAUCCGAGGCAUAAGUGCAAAGGCCCACUGCAUCUGCUUCCCCUUGCUGAAAUGUGUGCGAGAGCCGCCGCGCAGUGGGAAACGGGAAGGUUCGCCAUGAAUUGGCUCUUGAUCUUGGUGAUAGGUUCGUGCGGCGUAGGAUCGACCACAGCGGUCCCAGUCACCGAUGUUGACAAAAAAGUGGACUACACCGGGCACAGCAUCUUAUCCGUUGUUCCCGAGACUAGUGACCAAGUAGAUGUGCUGUUCCGACUCCAGAACGAAAUGGGCAUGGACUUCUGGACUGAAGCGGGAGUAGCCGGAUCUAGGGCCGUCGUCAGAGUAGCACCGGAACAACUUUCCAUGUUCACCAAGAAAACAUCUGACGCGGGAAUGACCGCCAAGACUGACGUCCAGAACGUCCAGGAGCUCAUCGACGAGGAAAGAGACGGGGCUCGAUCCACCACCUACUCCAGCACUCCACUCAGAUUCCGGCGCUACCUAACGAACGCAGAGUUCGAAAUCGCUCUGAAAUCCUACGGCCUGGAAUACGACCACGUGCAGUACUCCCCCAUCGGCAAGUCUUACGAGGGACGAGACAUUAUCGGAGUGCACAUCACCAAAGGGACGAACAGGCCCAUCAUAUUCUUCGAGUGCGGCAUUCACGCCAGAGAGUGGGUGGCCCACGCCACCUGUCUCUACAUCAUUGAUCAGCUAGCGACCAUGUACAAGAAAGAUGAAACAGUCAAACGCCUCGUGGAGGAGUACGAGUGGAGAAUACACCCGGUCGUCAACCCUGAUGGAUACGCGUACACCCAUACUAUCGAUCGGCUAUGGAGAAAAACGCGGUCGGUGAGCAAGAUCUCCGGGGGCUGUCGGGGAGCAGAUGCUAACCGGAACUUCGACGUGGGUCCGUUUUGCGGAGUCGGAACCAGCAACGACACGUGUUCGGAGAUUUACUGCGGCGACAGUCCCUUCUCGGAGCCGGAAACCCGUGCCUUGAGGGAUGCCGUGCUGGCUGCCCAGGAUCGCGUCUCGUUCUACUUCGGCCUGCACAGCUACAGCCUCUUGUGGAUGUUUCCCUACUCGUACACGACCAGAAACGCCACCAACUACCAGGAGCUGCUUACUAUUUCGGAGAGGGGUGCCGACGCCAUCCGCAAAGUGUCGGGCACGAAUUACACUGUCGGCCCAAUUAACAAAAUCAUCUAUCCAGUGACCGGUUCCAGCGUGGACUGGGCCUACGAGAAGGCGGGAGUGACGAAGAGCUUCGCUCUCGAGCUCGAGCCAGGAAGUACGUCGUCCGAUUCCUCCCAGGGUUUCCUUCUUCCCCCCAAGUACAUCCUCCCUACGGCCGAAGAAACCUGGGCAGGCAUCCGCGCUGCCAUUGGGUCCCCGUGAACAAGUCGUCAUGGCGCAGCGCACAGACUUUCUAGAGUAGCUGACAAUUUAUUAAUAAAAAAAGAAAACGCA